AUGCUGCCUCCACACACCGUCAACGAUGAUCGGGAGAUAGCCGAGCUUGGUAUUAGCGAACCGGUGACGGCACUCCAAAGAUUCUGUAACCGGCUCGAUGCAGUCUGCGGUGUCGAAGCCCGUGGUAUCGAGAGGAUCCCCGAAGAAUUGCGCGAGCGAUCCAUGACCUUGAAAGAUUACAUUCAUAUGUUCACCAUUUGGUUCUCAAUGAAUUGCACGGCGAACCAAUUAACUCUCGGAGUUUUAGGGCCUGUCAGUUAUGGUUUAGGUCUUACGGACUCGAUGGUCAUCUGCAUGUUCGGUACCAUUUUCGGCUCGCUCUGCACUGGCUACAUCUCCACCUUCGGACCACGAUCUGGCCUCCGUACCUUGAACGUGGCGAAAUAUACAAUGGGUUGGUGGCCUUCCAAGCUCUGCGUUAUACUCAACCUCUGCAUUGAGCUCGGAUACGGACUCAUCGAUUGCCUUGUUGGUGGACUACUACUUUCUGCUGUCAACGGCGGUGGCAUGUCAGUCAUCGUGGGUAUCGUCCUCGUGGCGCUCAUCACGUGGGUUGUGGUAACGUUUGGCAUCAAAUGGUUCUACAAGUUUGAGCAAUACGUUUGGAUGCCUACCGUAAUUGUUCUCUUUGUCUUAAUUGGCGUGGCUGGACCACACUUCGAUACGACAACACCCUCUCGGGGAGCCGGCGCGCAACUCCAUGGUAAUCGCCUUUCCUACUUCUUCCUCGUCGCAUCCGGACCUCUUAGCUGGUCCUCCGCAUCCGCAGAUUACGUGGUUCAUUAUCCGAAGACGACCAACCGGUGGGCAACCUUCGCAGCCACAACCGGCGGCAUCACAUUUGGCAAACUACUUAUUGAAUUCCUCGGUAUUGGUCUAGGAUCUGGACUCCUCCGGAACCCAACAUGGGAAUCCUCAUUCAAAGCGCAUGGUAUUGGCGCCCUAGUAGUUGAAGCUUACAGGCCUCUCAACUCGUUUGGGGACGUCUGUUGUGUCAUUCUCGCUGUCUGCAUCGCAGCAAACAAUAUCCCAGGAACUUACGCCGCGGCCCUCAAUUGGCAGCAACUCGGUGCCCCGUUCGCGAAGAUCCCGCGUCCGAUCUGGAGCACGUUCUCUUGUAUUAUCUUCACCAUCAUCGCCAUCGCCGGCCGCGACAGCUUGUUUCCCAUCUUCAUCAACUGGCUCUCGCUCAUCGGCUACUGGACGAUUAUCUGGAUCACCAUGACGAUUCAAGACGAGUACAUUUUCCGCAAGGGCAGCUACGACUGGGAGAUCUGGAACCGCAAAGACCUGCUUCCGCAUGGAUUCGCUGCACUGCUCGCAUUCAUCAUUGGCUGGGUUGGCGCGGUCCUGUGUAUGUCGCAAACCUACUUCACUGGUCCUAUUGCUGCGCUUGUGGGUAGCGGGGCGGACUUGGGUUUACCGGUUGCGUGCGGCCUCACCAUGUUUGUGUACCCUCCUACUAGGUGGUUGGAGUUGAAGUAUGUGGGACGGUAA